AGUUUAGUCAUAUUAAUCUGACUGACAGUUGACAAUGCUUGUAAAAGCGGACAAAGUAAAUUUUCAAACUUCGCACAAAUAAAUUAAUUCCUUGUGUAAAUAAUUCCACUCAUUGUGCAGAGUGACUGUGAACGUGUAGAUCUCAAACAGUUGUUGGCAAGGGAAGACGUUAGUAAAAUAAGCGACGAUGAUUGCCGGAAAGUAUCAACAUUACAAAAAUGAAGACAUCGACGAUUAUUUCAGUGCCGUCGGUGUACCUUACAUGGGCCGCAAAAUGAUGGCAAUGUCAUCACCACUGAUGGAGAUAUCAGUGGAUGGAGAACAUAUGACAAUCAAAAAUGUGUCCCUAAUGCGAACAGUUGAAAACAAGUUCAAACUGGGUGAGGAGUAUAUUGAGAACAUGCCUAAUGCGAAAAUAAGAAGUGUCACAACGAAGGUUGAUGAUAAAAAGAUUGAAACUAAGUCAGUAGUGGAAGACACAGGUGCUGCAUGUGGUCGCCUCUAUGAGUUCACUGAUGAUGAGUGUGUCAUUACUCUGACCCAUGAGAAAGCUGCCACCCCUGCCAAACGUUACUUUCGCCGAGUCAAAUAAAUGGAGGAUACUUAAUCACAAUUUUCUUUCUUCCAAUAAGAACAACAAAAUAUUAUAAUUAUACUUAACAUAUUAUUAUAAAUGAUAUGUAAAUGCUAUAAGAGAACUGAUAUUUUUAUUUCUUUUUACUUUUAU